AUGGCAGAAUCGGGUUCAAACCAAGGCGAAGCUAUUCCGAUAGAAAUCGACAUGGUGGAUGUGCUUGACUACGUUGGAGAUUCUGUCCGGCCAAUCCGAGAAGGGUCCGCAGUUUUUGAAGCCAAUCACGUUCUUUUAAUCGGCUACCGUGAGAAAACGGAUGAAUUUAUAAAGCUGACAGGAUAUGUUACACAAACAUCACAUCCAAACGCAGUGCCUCAUCAAAUACAGCUUAAACUCACACACUCCAUUUCUUCAUGGAUUUUGAGCUGUAGCUGCAAAGCCGGAACAGGAAAGUGCAAACAUAUCAUCGCUUGUUUGCUGUUUUUGAAUCGGUUCCGGAAGGUAGAAUAUAUGUCUUGCACUGAUGCUGCUCAAGCGUGGGGUAAGACAAAAAUGGACAAAAAAACUCCGCCAUGGUGUGCCAAACCUAUACGAGACUUAUGUUGCGUGAAAAAAAUUACAAGAUUGCAAGCAACGAAUGCAGAUUUGAAGAAGAAAAUACUUCAAGAAUCAUUUGGACGUAUUUUAAAAGUAGCGGAAAAUUCUUCUGUAACGAAACGCCAAAGAGGACGGCACAUGAACGAGGCAGUGCAAUAUCCAUCGCGGGCGCUUCAGUCCGCUGGUGUUGGUUGCGAAGAUUUAUCGUAUCAAGACUUGGUGUUCAUUUUACAGCUUGCACCUGCUAAUAUUGUGAAUGUUCAACCUGCGAUAAUCAAUUGUCCGGAAGAAGAGAUUUUUUAUAAGACCCACGUUGAAGUUAAUCUAGGCAAAAUAGUAGAGAUAGCUCAAGAUACUAAACAUCAAGGGUCUAAUCUAUGGCUUAUUGAGAGAUCGAAACGCAUUACAGCAAGCUCUUGUUAUGGAUUAGGGGACCUGGAUGGUAGCCGGCAGCCGGCAGCCGAAUCGUCGGCCGGGCCAAGUUCGGGUACAUUCACCCUAUACACUUACCUUUCAAAUCUUAACCCAAAUUGGGAUAAGAAAAUUAUGACAUACUGGAACACGAAAAACCUUAAAACCAAGUCAGUUCUGUACGGCAAAAAAACCGAACAAAAAGCUUUUGAAUGCUAUCAGGCCUUAAGAAAUCCAUCCGUGAAAAAAUUAGGAUUAAUAUUCAAAACAGGUGAACCAUGGUUUGGAGCCUCUCCUGAUGGUUAUGAUCCAUCCGGUAGAAUUGUACUCGAGAUCAAGUGUCCGAUAUCUGGAGAACAUGGUGGCAUCGAGGACGUCAUUAACAGCAAAUCAGCCCAAAAGUACAUGUUCAAAUGUCCUGUUAACGGUGAUUUUAAACUAAAAAAAAAUCAUCCGUAUUUUUGUCAAAUUCAAAUGAAUAUGUGGGUUCUGAAUGCACCUCUAGCAGAAUUCAUUUUGUAUUCAUUGAAAGAUGAUGAUUUUAUUGUAGCUACAGUACCAUUCGAAGCACAAUAUGUCGAAACUGUAGUGAAUAGGCUUAAAAAUUUGUAUUUUUCAAAAAUGUUACAUGUUCUUCUAUCUCGAUGA